AUGAACAGACACGGCAAGAACGACGACCUGAACGAUACGAAAUCACGCGUCAGGAACCUCGUCUUAAGAUAAGUCUCGUCACGUGACUUUCAGCUCAGUCUUAUACGUUCUAACCCGUUCAAGUGACAGUGCUUGCCAGGAGUCGAAGAGCUAAUAUCAGCUGAUCGUACGUACCUAUAGACGAUAUUUACUACGUCAUAGGGUAGCGCAAAUACCAAACGUGCUGACAAAGCAGUUCGUGCCGAAUAUUAAAGGUUUCAUUCAGUUUUUACGUCUCGUGUUGCCAGUAUCUAGAAGGAUAAUAGUUUUACGGAAAUAAUAUCAGAAUGGCAAGUGUUCAGCGUAACGAAUUAUACGACGAUUGGAAGAAACGAGCAUUCCUUGGACCGCUUCCACAUGGCUUUCUCAGAGUCGAAGAAAGCCCACGGCAACAACAAGAGGCUGCCGAUCAACAAGCCGCUCUGGCGCUACAGCACCAUCUCCAAAGUGCACCGCCCGUGGUAGCUGCUCGCAUGGGCAGACUGAGCGUGACGAUUACUCAGGCAAAAUUGGUUAAGAAUUACGGCAUGACCAGAAUGGAUCCUUACGUCAGAUUGCGAGUCGGUCAUUCCAUUUAUGAAACACAUACAGAUCCAAACGGAGGGAAAAACCCGCACUGGAACAAAGUUUUGCAAUGCUACCUUCCACCUGGGGUAACGCAAAUAUACGUUGAAAUUUACGACGAGUGUUCGUUUAUGAUGGAUGAACUUAUAGCUUGGGGUCAUAUAGAAAUACCACCCCAAGUAAUUUUGGCAGGAGAGACUCACGAGGACUGGUAUCCCCUUAGUGGAAAACAAGGGGAUAAUCAGGAAGGCAUGAUUAACAUGGUUUUCAGUUAUUUGCCUACUCCUGGUAAUCCAUACAUUGGUCAAACGCCAGUAAUGAUGGUUCCUUCGACUAAUUUAUGUGGUAUGACACAAUAUGCACCGGUCAAUGUGUAUACGACUCCACCUGCCGUCGCUGCUGUUCCAACUGUUGAUCCGAGUCAGAGGGCAAACGCAGAAAUUGAAUUGAGACAGAUCGCAGAGAUGUUCCCAAACGUUGAUACCGAGGUCAUUAAGUCCGUGUACGAUGCGAAUCAAGGAAAGAAGGAUGUGACAAUAAAUUCUCUGUUGCAAAUGUGCGAAUAAAUGUCAAAAAACGAUUGUCAUAUUCAAAUUGCCAUAUCUGUAUUUUCCGCUGAAGUUGUAUUCCAUUUUAAUUGUAAUAUAUUUAUAAAUUAUUAUAACGGUUAUUAAUUUUACUCUUGUCUUUGUUACAUACGUAACUGUUUUAAGAUUCAUAUUUCAAACUUGCAGAAGAGAUUUUAACUUGGUGUAAUUACCAUUGUACUGAACUACAUAGGUCUUUAGUUCAAAUAGGUUUCAUCUCGAUUUUAUAACUCAUUUUACUAAAAAUUACGUGCAUAAAUAUAAAUAUUGAUAUUUGUAUAUAAUGUUGAUUAAAUUAAUCAAUUAAAGAAUAAUAACAAUUUCUUAAAGUUUCGAUACUUCAGAAGCUUAUAAAUCCUACAUGGAUCAGUGAAUCGUUAUUCCAAUAGUUAUCUGCCAAUGUUAAUACAUUAACGUUAUCACUAGGCAUGUGAUUCAUUGCUCCCUGAGAUAUGAAAUAUUGUUUCCAACUUAAAUUGUGUUAUUACGAAGAAUUAUCAGAUUCUCCAUACUGACAUGACUGUGCUCAUCUUUACUUGGAAUGUCGAUCAUGCUGAUGCGAUAACUUAUAUUAAUAGACGUUUACUUAUAACUUAAAUUGCAAUCAUUUCAUAGAUUUGCACGUUUUUAAGCUUUAAAUGUGGGAUCAGAGCAUAUAAUAAAUGAAAAAAAAAGUUCUUUCCACAGAAUACCAUACCCCAUAAUGGAAUGCGAGUCCCCUCCUCCCUGCCCCCCAAGGUUGGUGACAAUUAUUUCAAUAAUACCUGAAUAUAAAUGGACCCCACUAAGUUUAAGUUGGACAAACAUUUUUUGUAUUCCACCCAACACCGACAAGCUCGACUUAGAAUUGGC